AUGAGGGAGGGUAAAGAGGCAGCGAGCAGGACAGGGAGUCACCUGUCUCACUCUGCCUAUAGGAAGCUCAAGAGAGCUCUCAGCUUCAGACCGCGUGUGUUUGGUCAGCGUUUAGAGGAGACGGUGCUGUACGAGCAGCGUUAUGGGAUGCGUUUGGUACCUCUGGUAGUGGAACAGUGCGUGGCCUUCAUCCAGGAGCGAGGCCUGCAUGAGGUGGGCCUGUUCCGGCAGUCUGGACAAGCCACCGUUGUCAAAGAGCUGCAGCAAGCCUUCGAUGCUGGGGAGAGGCCCUCUUUUGACAGUGGCACAGACGUCCACACUGUGGCCUCCCUCCUGAAGCUUUACCUCCGUCUGCUCCCAGAGCCACUGGUGCCUUACAGCAGGUACCAAGACUUCUUCAUCUGUGGCAAGACGUUGUCCUCCGACAGGCCACAGGGUUUGUUGGAGUUGAAGAGACUUCUGCAUGAACUUCCAGUAGCAAAUUUCAACCUGCUCAGCUACAUCUCCAAGUUUCUGAAUGAGGUCCAGAGCCAUUCCAGCAGUAAUAAGAUGAGUUGUCAGAACUUAGCGACUGUGUUUGGACCAAACAUCCUCAGAGCCAAAGCUGAAGAUCCACACAGCAUUAUUGGAGGUGCAGCUGUGGUGCAGCUGCUGAUGUUGGAGUUGAUUAGAGAACAUCAGCCUCUUUUCUCCAAAGUAGCUCUGCUCUGCUCCACCCACCCUCAGGGAGGUCUCCAUGCAUCACCAAAUGCACCCAGACAGCAUCAGUAUCACCCAGCCGCCUGCUCCCGGCAGCUUUCUUUGCCUCUAAUCACAGAGCGCCGGGGAAGAGGGGGGUCUGUUUCCAGUCACAGAGUCGCCGGACAGCCCCUCGACCAAGAUCAACCAGCCCAGUCCAAUAAUGAACACCACAACAGCUGUGUUUCCACUGCUGCCACUGUCAGCCAGAAGCAAACUCUUGGUCAUCGGUAUACAUCUUCUCAUCCAGAGAGCUACUUCUGCCCAUUGCCCUCAACCAGCCACUCCCUCCCUCAGCAUCACAAUGACAAAUGCAGCACAGUCCAACUGGACCAGCAUUGCCAAAGUGGACAAGAGUCAUACCCAGUUCCAAACUUGAAAGCUGAAGCCCCCACAUCCACCCCUCAAGAGGAACAGCUGCUGCCUGACAUCUCCAAGUGCAGAUCAAUGCUUCUUGACUGGACAGACGCACAGCCUGACUUAGGAGAGGUGGGGCCUUGUUACUGGAGCUCUAGUUUAAGGAGGGCUAUGCAGCAAGAGGGUGUUGUACCGGGCACAGCAAGUGGGGAGAGCAGUGAGGCCAAGGACGACAGCACAAUGUCUGUUUAUGACAACCUGGACAGUGCCUCCCCCAACAACAGGAUAGUGGAAGUGACUGAUGGCCAUAUUGAAUCCACUGGGGAGGGCAUGAGGACUGAGGAGGCAGUACAGACCACUGACUCCUCCUCUUCCUGGUCCUCCUGUGAGAUACUCCCAUUAGACGAGAGCAGCUGCCGGGAAGAUUGCAUCGUGGGAGGGAGUAGUUCUGUCAUGUCACAAAAGUUUUCCUCCAACCAGGGAUCCAAAGACGACAAUGAUGAGGAUGAUGGUGAAGAUGACAACAGCAAGGAUGAGAGUGAUGAUGAAGAUGAAAUGAACCACCAUAACUCCCCGGCCUCCGGUUCAGCUUCCUGUUCUGUCCCCAGUGAUGCUCCUCUUAGCACAGGCAGCUCAGAGGUUUUCCUCCCUUCUGGACCUUUAGAGCUUCAGGAGCUGCAGCCUCAGCCAGAGCCCCAAGAUGUUCACGCUUUACUGGCUGAGCUCCAGGAGCAGAUAACCAAGCAGAGGGCUGAGUACCAGGCCAGGAUCAAAAGGUUGGAAGAGUGUAACAAAGUCCUCCAAGAGCAGGUGGUGGUACUGAGUGCUAGUUUGGAGCAGCAGAAACGCUGGCAUAGUGUGGCCGAGAUCAAGAUGCGCAACGUCGAGCGAGCCCGGGUUGCCGCAGACCGCCGCAAUGCCACUCUACAGAGAGAGAUGGAACAGUUCUUCAAGAUGUUUGGAGAGAUCAGCGGAGAAGAGAAGAAAGGAGGGCGCAUUGUACAGAGCUUUUAAUUAAAGAUUAAGGGGAUAGAGGGAUAAUGGAGGACGGGUGAACACACACGAGAAGCAAUAGCUGAGCUGAGACAAAAUAUUUUCAAGGCUUUCAAGAAGGCCUGAGAUUUUACCCAAUAUGUAAAGCAAACUAACAUGGGAUUUCCCACAUCUGAAUUCCACUAGCUGGAAGUUUCUCUAGAAAGGGUCCAUACCUGAGAGCUAUGAGAUGCAGAAUUUAUUCAAGCUGCGGAAGUUAGUGUAUUUUAGCAGCCACUUGCAAGGCUCCCUCCACUGUCUCUAUAGAAGACAUUAAAUGAAAGUAGAACAAGUUCAACUUUUUUGAAUAGCAGUGGGUAUGUGGCACUGAACCCUGAAGUUUGCCUUUUAUUCGCUUCACUUUUCCUCUUGGGCCUAGUUGCAAAUUUGGGCAAGAAGUUCCUGCCAGGAAGCCUGCAUGUCCUUAUCUUGUUGGAUUAGUCAGUUAAAACAACCUGUGGUAUUUACAUUUUACCCUGUGUUGGACUGAUUUUCAGAAUUUACAUUUAGGGUUUGACAGCAUUUGUAGAGGGGUUUUCAUGCUGAAUGGACAUUUCUCCAUAUGUGGCAAAAAGAUAAAGGUCUCAUCUGAAGGUUAUAUACCCUUGGUGUUCUUCAGCAACCCAAGCAGUAUCCUUUAUCAUUCCUGUAUAACAAAGAUGUGGCGUAGCUUUAAGUAACAGAAUGUCAAUGUAUAUGUAACAAAGAAAUGGACACAUAUGGGAAACGUAUACGAUCAGUUGUCUUACCAUAGAUCUGAGAAAUGGAGGGACUUGUGGGAAAUGAUAGUCUGAAAAAAUAUGCCCAUAUUAACACUUGCAAAAUGUACUUUUAGAGAUGUUCAUAUAUCAGGUGACAUUAAUCUGACCUACCUGAAGAUGCUUUCACUUGAGCCAAAAGAUGUAGGUUUUGAGCAAAUUACUUGUUGGGAACUGAAAAGACAGCAGAAAAAUCUGAGGAAUAUGAAGCAGGUUUUAGGUUGGGCGACACUGCCAUGAUGGAAGUGAGUUAAGGUUAGCUGGAAUGGAAGUGACUAGCAAAGGGCACUGUACGUCACUUUCCUUCCCUCUUGAAUGCCAGAGAUCUUCAGCACUGUGGCAGACGUAAACAUCACGCUACCCCCUUUAAGAAGAUAUGGCCUCUUUGCUUUAAGCCUUUCGAAUAUCAUCCAGUUCCCUCCUAAGGAACAAUAGUUAUCUAAUCAUCUUACAUGCCUUAUGUUUUGUCUGUUAGUCCAUAUGCAUUAUGCAUGAUGUUAUGGUAAAAAUGACUACCUUGUCCAAGAUUAUUUAAUCUUUACCCAGUUUUAUUUAGCUUAGUCAAAGAUAAAUUCUGUCAAAUUAUCCAACAGCACCUGUACUUUUUUUUCUAAAUAUUAUAAAUUUUGCUUGAAUUGUGCCAACCAGAGCACCAUCAGAAAACAGUGAUAAACCAACAUAUUAAAUACAGACACAAAGUUGCUUACCUUUGGCUAAUUUUUCAUUUAAAGUGUCUUGAGACAAAUUCCAUCAUCAUGAGUAAAGGAAUUUCAAGAGAUCCAGCAAAAUUAUUGCUGCUCUGUUAAAUGUUUUUGACUAAUCCCCUUAAAAUGAGCUUGAUGAGCAUGGGGAAAAGACAAAAUCAGUUGCCAAGCUCAUCUUUUUGUGCAGUGCAGUGUCUCAAAGUAUAACUAAAUAGUAUGACUACAUUCAAUGGAUAUUAGUUAAGACAUUUGUGAGAUUAUUAAAUAACAUAAUUUGAUGGAUUCCAAAUUUUUUCACAUUAAACAGACCAGUGCUCUAAAUGCACUCUGCUGGAUUUUCUUUCUCGUUUGAAAAUAAUUAAGCAUGAUUCAAUGUCGGACAAGAUUGUUUUACAGAUGGAUGAUGAAAGAUUUAGGUCAUUUUGUGGUCAUACAAAGGAAAAAACUGCCACGGAUAAACAGAUAUGUGGUAACUGGUACUCCAUGACACUAAGGAGAGCUGCCCUUAACAGACCAACAUAUCGUCUUUUCUGAAAGAGAUAACGCAAAAAAAAAAAAA